AAGAGAGUUCAACCGUGCAACACUUAUGAACAUCGGGGCGCUGGAGAGCGCGAAGCUGUACCCCUACGACUGCCUCGUCUUCCACGACAUCGACCUGCUGCCUGAAGACGACCGCAACUUGUACGCCUGUCGUGAGCAACCUCUGCAUCUGAGCGUCGCCGUGGACACCCUGGGCUACACACUGCCAUACAAAAAUAUCUUCGGGGGCGCAGGCGCAAUCUCAGUGGAACAAUUCCGGCGAGUGAACGGCUUCAGCAACAAGUUUUGGGGCUGGGGCGGGGAAGAUGAUGACAUGGCCAACCGCAUUAAAUAUCACGGGCUGUCCAUCUCCCGUAACCCCGCCAAUAUCUCACGCUACACCAUGAUCAGGCACUACAAGGAUAAACCCAAUCCUCUCAGUGACAUUCCCACGCAUCGUCUGUGUUCAAACCUCAAGUGCUCUAGUUCCUCUUGCUCUGGUUCCUCUUGCUCUGGUUCCUCUUGCUCUGGUUCCUCUUGCUCUGGUUCCUCUUGCUCUGGUUCCUCUUGCUCUGGUUCCUCUUGCUCUGGUUUAAUGUACAGCAUGAAUUACAGGUGA